AGGGUAUUAUAAUAAAUAUUCCAGAAUUUAAGGGAAAAGGCCUGAAAGAAGAUCCAGAAGGUGGCAGCAAACGCCAUAGAAGAAGAAGAAGAAACUCGAAGAACAAACGUCUGCUUUUGCUUUAUCAGCUCCCAGAAGUGCUGCGGAAUGUUUUUGUAGUGAAAACAUGGAGGCUAAGUUGAAGAAGGAGUUGGGGACGUCCGUGCUGAAGUUAGCUGGUCACUCAGGAGGUGGAUGUAUUAGCGAUGGCCAGAGUUAUGAUACAGAUACUGGGAGAGUUUUUGUGAAGAUAAAUCAUAAGAGCGAGGCAAAGUUAAUGUUUGAUGGAGAAAUGGCCAGUUUGGAGGCAAUAUUAAAAACAGACACGGUUAAAGUCCCCAAGCCUGUGAAAGUGAUGGAGCUUGACGGAGGAGGAUGUGUAUUUGUGAUGGAACAUGUUGACAUGAGAGGUCUUAACAAGUAUUCAACACACCUUGGAGAGCAGAUGGCAAAUCUGCAUCUUUACAACAAGAGACAACUGGAAAAACAAACUAAGGAGCAGCAGACAGUGGGAAAAGGGGCUGGGCGGUCAGAGGUGAAUGUUGCAGAAAAGUUUGGCUUCAGUGUAACUACAUGCUGUGGAUACCUACCAAUGGAAAAUGAUUGGCAGGAUGACUGGGUGACAUUUUAUUCCCGUCAAAGACUGCAGCACCAGCUUAAUUUGGUGGAGGAAUCUUACGGAGACAGAGAGGUCCGAGAGCUCUGGGCCCAGCUACAGCUGCAGAUCCCACAGUUGUUCAAAGAUGUGGAGAUUGUCCCGGCUCUCCUUCAUGGAGACUUAUGGGGAGGCAAUGUGGCAGAGACUGCAGAAGGCCCGGUCGUAUUUGACCCAUCUUCAUUUUACGGGCACUCAGAGUUUGAGUUGAGCAUUACAGGGAUGUUUGGUGGAUUCAGCAAAUCAUUUUUCUCUGCUUACCAUGACAAGAUUCCGAAGGCACAAGACUUUGCAAAGAGAAACCAGCUUUACCAACUCUUUCAUUAUCUAAAUCACUGGAACCACUUCGGUGGAAGCUACAGAGGAUCUUCAGUAAGGAUUAUGAAGGACUUAGUGAAAUGAUUGCAUGUUCUCCCACUUGUAGAAAGCUUUAAGGUCUUAAACACUCACAGCC